UAAAUUGAGGGGCGAGAUGAGGCUGGAUUAGGGAUUAACUCUUGACAUCCUUUUAUUGUUUAUGAGCCGCCUCCAGAUUUGUGAUUUUUUUUCCCCCCAUCUCACACACUUGUGCACACACGCGCGCGCACACACACACACAGACAAGGUGAAGGUGUGCAUGCGACACCAACAGGUGCCUGUUUUUUUUUCAUGGCUGUGCUGAUAAAAUCCUGAUUAGUGUGUUUGUAGGUUAGAGAAAGAUUGCUGUGGCUGUAGAUAAGAGGAUUAGGGUGGAAUUAGUGUCAUUCCUCCAUCGCCGGGAGGAAUAGAUUCAUAUCGAUUUUAAUCAGCGAGAGAACAAUUCACAGAUGAAGCAGGCAGAGGAGGAGUGAUGUGACCCCUGGAAAGGCAGACGUUCCUGGACAUGAUGAGGAAUGCAGCACGGACAAGAAGAAGCAGCGGGACCAAUUCCUGGGAUGCGUCUGGGCAGUGGGCUGUGCGGCCGUUCCCCGCCGUGAGCUGUGAGAUGUUUGCGCCCAGCUUCCCGCGCUAGUCGACACGCGCUUGAGGCCUGACAGGGGAGACGUGGAGGUGCUCGGGGGUGAAGAGUUUGCGGGGGUGGGCUGGAGGUGGAUGCUAUGAAAGAUGAAGGUGGACGUGCUGACUUGUCUGACGGUGGCCGCCGCGAGCCUCGUCGCCAUGGUGACCGGGGGUCGCAGCUCCGGGCGCAGGAAGCACAAGGAGGUCUUCCUGGGGGAAAACAGCAAGUUCAAGUUUGGAGGACGGAUCGACUACAAGCUGAAGAAGCAGGACAGCACCAAAACACUGUUGAUAAAAAGUGAACAGCUGCUGAGGAUCGAGGAGCACGACUUUGCCAUGAGACCUGGCUUUGGAGGAUCGGCCAUCCCGGUGGGCAUCGACGUGCAGGUGGAGAGCAUCGACAGCAUCUCUGAAGUCAACAUGGAUUUCACCAUGACCUUGUACCUGCGCCACUACUGGAAAGACGAGCGCCUGGCCUUCCCGUCUCGCAACAACCAGAGCAGGACGUUCGACUCGCGGCUGGUGAAGAAGAUCUGGGUCCCAGACGUCUUCUUUGUCCACUCCAAGCGCUCCUUCAUCCACGACACCACCACGGAAAACAUCAUGCUGCGCGUGUACCCCGACGGGAACAUCCUCUACAGUGUCAGGGUCACUGUGACGGCUCUGUGCUCCAUGGACUUCAGCAGCUUCCCUCUGGACACACAGAACUGCUCACUGGAGCUGGAAAGCUAUGCGUACAAUGAGAACGAUUUGAUGCUGUACUGGAAAAACGGAAACGACUCCCUGAGGACUGACGAAAUCGUCUUGUCUCAGUUCUUCAUCGAGCAUUUCCACCCCUCCAGCGGCCUGGCCUUCUACAGCAGCACAGGAUGGUACAACCGUCUGUUCAUCAACUUCAUCCUGCGGAGGCACAUCUUCUUCUUCAUGCUGCAGACGUACUUCCCCACCAUGCUGAUGGUGGUGCUGUCCUGGGUGUCCUUCUGGAUCGACCGCAGGGCUGUCCCUGCUCGCGUCUCUCUAGGUAUAACCACAGUGCUUACCAUGUCCACCAUCAUCACAGGAGUGUCCUCCUCCAUGCCUCAGGUGUCCUACGUGAAGGCGGUGGACAUCUACCUGUGGACCAGCUUCCUGUUUGUCUUCCUGUCCGUCAUCGAGUAUGCGGCGGUGAACUACUGCACCACACUGGAGGAGAUGAGGAAAAUGAGGGGGGGAAAGCUUCCGUCCACCUUCAACGCCAGCCAGGCCAUGGCCUUUGACGGCUGUUUCCAUGACAACGACAUUGAGCUGACGCCGUUCCCCAGCAUGGCUCAGGCCCUGACCUCCGACCCCCUCACAGCGCCCUCGCCGCACCAGGACCCCUGCCCCUCAGAGGGGACCCGCCUGCGCCGGCAGCGCUCCAUGCGGGAGAAUGUGGACCUCCUGGUGAGCAACAGCUACAUGAUCGACUCGUACUCCCGCCUGGCCUUCCCUCUGUCCUACCUCCUCUUCAACACCAUCUACUGGAGCCUCUACUCCUGAGCUGCUGAGUGGACACUACGGAAGCCGGAAUACGUGGAGAAAACCCACACAUGCACGGGGAGAACAUGAAAACGCCACACAGAGAUGUUCCAACAGAUUCACACCCGGAUGACCAGACUGUAAGGCUGUCACUAACCACAAGGCCACCAUGCGGCCGAGAUGACACUAAUAGCUUCCUUUUUUACAACAGUGUACAUGUCAAUGUCGUUCAUACUUGAAUAUCCCCGUCUUGUUGGGGAACCACACAACUAAAGGAAA